AUGCUGCACCUGCUCGGCACGCGCAAGGUGGUCAUCAACGGCAUCGUGUCGCAACCUGCGCUCAACGGACAGAUUGGCACCGCACUGAGCUUCUCUCACAACAACAUGCGGUAUGGCGUCAGGCUGGAAGACGGCAGGCAGCUGUCGCUGAAGGCCGAGAAUGUGAAACGCUACCUCGAUGCCGGCGAGAUUGAGGAGGCCGCACGCGCGGAGCCCAGCGAAGAAUUGUUCAACCUCUACUGCUCGACGUUUCCAGCGGCGAAGCAGGAUCCGGCCUUCCAGACCAAGCAUCGUCUGCUCGGCGGCGUGAGUGUUCCGGGCGUGCACAUGAAGGCGUGCGAGGGGUGCCCCGAGAGCCUCUUUGGCACAUCGUAUGUGGAGCUGCAUGAGGCGCAGCGCGCGCACCCAAAAGUGGUCGCGUGGAACGCGCGACAGGAAGCCCUUUCCGAGUGCACCAAUGCCGCCGCCCUGUCGGGGGAGCUGCUCCCGCCCGACGAGGCGCCGCCGCUGCGCUUCAAGGUCGGCGACGAGGUCAUGGCGCGGAACGGGCAGCGGCAAACGGACUACAGCCCGGGCGUGGUCGUGGAGCAGCACUACACAGAGGAGGGGUGGCCCGCGGGCUUCUGGGCGGCGUACCAGAUCCGCCUCACGGCCGACUGGGCGGGUCUCGACGGUUCGCAGCGCCCGCCCAACUUUCCGCGCGGGGAGGACGGGGUCAGCACCGGCCCGCUCAUCUACGCUCAGUACGACAGCGACUUCCUGGUCAAGGGGAUGCCGGUGGUCGGCGGCGUCACGCUCUCGGCCCUCGACGAGAAUGCGCAGGUCGCGGUGCCAAACCACUUUUGA